CAAAAAAGAUGUCCGUGAUUCUGCUAGGUCUGUCAGGCAGUGGCAAGACGUCAGCUAUUGAUCUCAUCUUGGAGCGAACAAGUUACCAGUUCCCCAUAAACGGAUCCAAUGACGAGGACCCCCAGUCCACCCUGGUCUGUGAGAGGAAAGACGUUUGCACGGCGGAGAGGAGGCUAAUCCUGGUGGACACACCUGGACUGUGGGAUGAGGACGGAGUGGAGAACCUUCAGCAGGUGAAGGACUGCCUAUCUCUGGCACUGCCAGGACCCCACGUCUACCUGCUGGUACUCUAGGUGGGCCGCUUUACUCAGGGUGAGAGCGUGACUCUAACUCACCUGCAGAAGAUCUUUGGGAAAGAUGCCGCAGAGCCCUCCUUGGUGCUGUUCGUUCACAUGAGCCAAGGCACGCCCAGGUCUCAGAGGAUUCACAACUACAUGAUGGGGGCCCGCGCAAUGCUGCAGGAGCUCAUCCCAAGUUGCGGCAGCCGCUACUACGAGCUAUGCCUGGCCAAGACCCACAAUGCUUUGAGCUACCCUCAGGUCAGAGAGCUGCAGUCAGGCAUCGACAAAAUCGUGGCGUCUCACAGAGGACGAGCACACGCGGUGAAGAGUUUCACUGCUCAGGAGCUCCAGGACAGGAAGAAAAUAAUUGAGGACAUGAAAGGCGGGACCUGGGAAUCCAACAUCUCAAAGAUGGUUAGGUGCCAUCCAUCAGUUAUGUGGUUUUUCACUACACUAUCAUAUUAGUUUUGUUUAUAAUAUACGUUGACAGAAAAACUGAAACAUUGCAUGGGCAACUUUGAUAAUCUCUUAUUUGUAGAUUUAAGUGCAAAAGUCAAUAAAACAUAUGUAACAUUUAAAUUGGUGGUCCAGUAAUCCAUUCCAAAAUGUCGGAUGAAUACUGAAUUGUAAUUUUUCAGUGUGAGUUUUGGGAGGAAAAUAUGGGCUGCAAAUUGACCCCAAGUUUGGCCUUUGGACACCACUGUACUAUACAUUGGUCAUGUCUCUGCAGGUCGGUUUGCCCUCGGUAUUAAGGAUCAUUUUCGAUACGGUAAUGUUACAUACCAUAACUUCCGUAAUUUAUUAGCCGCGACUUUUUUCCCAUGUUAUGAAUCCUGCGCCUUAUAUAAUUCCGUGGCUAAUUGGUACUUUCUUCCGAGGUCAAAAACUUCACAUGUUGCCAAUACAUUUAGCUUAAUCACAUUGGA